CUGGUAUGCUCAGUGCCUCAAUAGACUGUGAGACAGGGGCCACCUGGGAAGGCUUCCAGGAAGAAGGGUGAGGGGAGCAGGAGCUAGAAGGAUUUUAGGGGAAAGUGACUGAGAGAGGGGUGCCUUGAAGUAGACCAGGAUUAAGACUGCAAACUGGUACAGAGCGAGUUAAUGAAGACUGAAGAAGGUUCAGGAUGGGGACCCAGGGAGCUCCGAGCAGGGCCUACAGGUCAUAGUACAGAUACAGGCAGAAUUAAGUUUCAGAUUUAGGCCCGCCCCUCCAAAGGGCAGUGCACCUGAGGAGGGCGGGGCACCCACCAGCAGUUGGGCAAGUUUGGCAGCAAUAAAAUCAGCCCCACCUCUGGUUCUGCAGAGGACACCAGGCUGAGGCACUGUGACAUUCCCCACCACACAUCAGGCAAGGAAGGGUGCUGGAGGGCUUCCACUGACCCCCGCAGCCUGCGCUGGUGGUCCCUCAGCACCCCCACUGCAUAGGUGUCUCAGGGUGAGCAGCAGAAUUGGGCACCAGGGCCUUGGAGAUGCCUACACCUCCCGGGAGGUCAUGAAGGAACAGAAGAAUGCCUGCUCUGGCUCCAGUGCAUGCUGCCCUACUGCCAUCCUGGGGCUCCCGUCAGCACCCUGACCUAAGGAGAGGGGCAGAUUUAAUGGAUAAAUACCAAAUUACAGCAACUUACUGGCUUUUUUCCCCCUGCCCCCAAUGGUUCAGUGGGACCGGAAAUCCCGUCUAGCAGUUUGGGAGAGGUGGGGGCUGGGGUUAGAGCAGGCUAACGGGGAGCGUACUCCCCAGGCACCGCUGCGGCUUGAGGCUGCCAUUCCUGGCCCAGAAAGGUUUCUAAUUACCGCUCAGGAGCCUAAUUACCUACGUGCGCUGGGCAAUGGGGACUCUGGGCCUCCCCAGGGCCCUAACCCAGGCCUCUGCUCCCCCAACCCCCUUAGCACAGGAUGUGGUCUUUGCAUCUUCAUUUGCCUGCAUUUACAUAUAGCCUCUCAGCACUAGCCUUCAAUGGACCCUUCAAAGUCAUGUUCUUGUCCCUCACCCCGAAGUCUCCUGGCCACAUUCUAGGUGGGGAGACUGAUGGCUGGAGGCCCAUGAGCUGUCUAAAACUUUGGUCCCCAGAUUUCUGGUCUCCCCACUUCAGAACCAGGACCUGCAGAACACACAGCUCAGAAGGACCUUCCCCUCCAGGAGGCCCUCCAGGCUGCCCCAGCCCACGCAGAGCCCCAGCUUCAGAGCUCCUACCAGCCCUGCCAGGAAGUGAGAACCACAGGCCUCCCCUCACUGACUCCUCGUCUCCUCUACCCGCCAGCAGAGGUGCUCUCAAGAGAGAAGAGCAGCUGCUUCUGAGAGGGAGGAGGGCACCAAGCUCACCAAUGAAAAGCACAUCCCUGCACAUGUGCCAGCCAGAAGCCAGACUCCUUUCUUCAAAGGCCCUGGGACCCUGGGUCGCACCCUCACAGCUCACAGUUGAGCCGGAGCCAGGACUGGACCUUCCUGCCACACCACACAGAUGGCCCCACACCACACAUUCCCCACAUCUCCUGCUAGCCGACCCAGCCACAGCUGAAGCCGGAAGCCCUUUCACUCCCUCCAGCCCUCCGCAGGGAAGCACGUGCUCAACCAGCAAGGUCCCUCUGGGGCCAGGCUGGGGGCCUGUGUCCUCAGUGGGUGAAGGUGCCUGCCUGGUUUCCUUCCACCCACAGCCAUCCAGCCCUGCAGAGCUGGGGAUGAAAGGAUAGCCAGCCUAACUCCACUAGAGGCCUGGGGUAGCAACUUCUCCCUUUGAGCCUCGGUUCCUGGGUGUACAAAAUGGGCGGGGAAGUGAACUAGUAGUUAAGCUCCAAAAAUCUGCUGGCUGGACACACCCCUUCCUGACACCUGGUCUGGGCCACAAAGAGCCUAGGAGAAUGGGCUGCCCAGGGUGCCAGAAGGUGGGGGCAUGGUGCUAAUGCUCAGUCACCUCUACCCGGGCGGAAGGCCUGCCCGGUUUCCCACCCAAAGGUCAGAGGUCCCUUGGCUUAGGCCUGGUCUUCUGAGAGGCCAAGGGUGACAGGCUCAGUCCCAGGACCUGGGCUUCUAACUGCUCACCCGAGGUGGCUGGGCCCUGGGCUUGCUUGCAGCCCGCAGGGUCAUGGUGGGGUAAUGAGGGAGGGGUCAGAACCAAGCAAGCCAGGGCACCUGCGGGGAGGCCCUGGACAGGGAACGGCAGGGGAGUCCAGCACUCUCUCUAGGGACCUGGCUCGUACGGAUCCUCUUCCUCCAGACUCUAGCCACCUCCUACUCUGAGCUCCACAAAGGGGGGGACUCGGGACGACCCGAGAAGACGAGUCCGUGGAGCUGCAGGGCAGUACCUCCCUCGUGCAUUCCCUUCCAAUUUGGGUUCUGACAGGGGCGCCUGGGAGAAUUCGAACCCUUGCAAGGGAGUAAAGGAGAGAAGGGAGAAAGGGGAGAAGGGGGGAAUGGGAGUGGACGCGACAGUGGCAGCAACAGAGACUAGACGCGCGACCUCCACCCUCUUCCCU